AUGGCGGCACAGAACGAGAUUGGCCACCCUGCAGACGACCGCGCCGUGGAAGGCAUCGACGAUGAGAAACCCAACGGGGCUGAAGAUGUUGACGAGGGAUACGACCUGUUCGCCGAGGGCAGCCCGCGCGCUAUCACGAAGGGGGAGUCACGGUCUGUGCGGCGCAAACUAGACCGUCGCCUGCUCCCGCUCAUGUGCGUCAUGUACGGCCUCAACUACGUUGACAAGGUAGCGAUGGGAUGGGCGGUCCUGUUCAACUUCCGCGAGGAGCUCCAUCUCGAGGGAACGCAGUACUCGUGGGCCAGCUCCAUGUUCUACUUUGGCUAUCUCAUCGCGCAGUAUCCGGCCAACUAUAUUCUGCAGCGAUUCCAGACAUCCCUCGUCAUCGGCAUCAUGACGUUGGUCUGGGGAGCUCUUAUGCUUGCCCACUUGGGUCUUGACGACUUUGGAGGUCUCAUGGCGAUCCGCUUCCUGCUGGGCGUGUCCGAGUCCGUCGUCACACCAGGCUUCGUCAUCUACACAUCAAUGUUCUACACGCGCCAGGAGCAGGUCCUCCGCAUGACAGCCUGGGCCAGCAUGCAGGGACUGUUCGCAAUAGUGGCGACGCUCAUGUCCUAUGGGCUAGGCCACAUCGCAGACACGGCCCUCGACCCUUGGAUGUACAUCUUCCUCGUGCUGGGCAUCCUGAGCAUCCUGAGCGGCGCUGCCUGGAUCGCUUGGAUGCCGCACACGCCCAACACGGCCAGCUUUCUUACCCACGAUGAGCGCGUCAUCGCCGUCCGUCGCGUCGCCUCCAACAUGAUGGGCAUCAAGAGCUACAGGUGGAGGAACUACCAGGUGUGGCACGCCGUCAAGGACGUCAAGACCUGGCUCAUCCUCGCCUUCGUCUUCUUCACCAUGCUCCCCAACGGCGGGCUCACCAAUUUCGGCUCCCUCGUCACAUCCGGAAUGGGCUUCGGCACGUUCCACACACUCCUCAUCGGCCUACCCUCGUCCAUCGUCAGUUCGGGGUCCAUCCUCGCCUGGGGCCUGAUCUCUCGCCGGCACGAGAACACCCGUACCCUCGGCAUGAUUAUACCGCUGCUCCCUGCUAUCGCAGGCAUCUCUGCUGUCUAUGGCACCAUGGAUACGGGUGCCAACAAGUACGGUCGCGUUAUUGCCUAUUGGCUCAUUAAUUCGUAUGCCGUCACAUGGCCCUUUGUCCUCACCAUCAUCGGUCAAAAUAUUGCCGGACACACCAAACGAGCCACGACCAACACGCUCAUGCUCAUCAUCUUUUCGACUGGAAACAUUGCCGGACCCUUUUUCUUCCGAGAAAGGGACGCUCCAAAGUACGUGUUGGCCAUCUCUGUCAUCAUGGUCUGCCUGUGCGCCGCCCUCUUUUGCGCCUUGGCACUCCGAAUGUACAUGAUGUGGGAGAAUCGUCGUCGGGAUCGUCUCUAUGGCACUACGGAAGAUGUAGAGGACUGUUCCGAUGGUAUGAAUCUGGGUAUGCACGACAAGACAGACUUGGAGAAUCCGGACUUUCGCUACCUUCUAUAA